UGGAGGUUCCUGGGAUCUCUAAAAGUAGAAUAGGAGGCAGAGCUUUCAGCUAUCAGGCUCCUGCCAUGUGGAACCAGCUCCCAGUUUCUGUUAGGGAGGCUGACACAGUCUCUGCUUUCAAGGCUCGGCUUACAGUUAGGGCUGCUUCAGGCCUCCCUGGACAACUUCUUUGUGGCGCUGCUGGAGGUUGAGGCUCAAAAUCACGACCUAAAACUCAUCACAACAAAACAGACCAAUCUUAACAAACACUAGGAACAAAACAAAUAAAAAGCACCUUCUCACUCUUCUCUCCUCUCUUAGAGUGAGUUGGACCUUCAAGGCCAGUCCCAGCAGGGGGAGAGAUCCAAGCCUGUUUCAGCUCCUUCUCCUUGGCUCUGACUUCCUCGCACUCUCUCUUGCUCUUCUUCUCUCUAAAAACACAUCCUUACCACUUGACGUUAGCCUUAAAGGAUAAGUUCGGACCAUGAUGAAAUAUUAAUAAAACUAAUGAGUUUUUGGACGAUUAAAGCCAUUUUAGGAGCGGCGUUAUCAAUGCCCCGUCUGCUAGCUGUAUACAGAUGUCCGCCGCUUGAUUUUGGAUCUAAAUUUCUCCAGAAGCACUGUUUGGAUCAGAAAGCCUUCUGGGAUACCCCCAUGGAUCUCCAUCUGAGGAACCCCAUAUUGACCCACCUGCUGCGAGCGGAGCAACGCUGAGUUGUUUCAGAGAGUCAAUCUGUCCGUCCUAUUCUUCUCUCCCUUUCUGUCCCCUCACCCCAACCGGUAUAGCAGAAAGCCGCCACCUCUGAGCCUGGUUCUGCAAAGGUUUCUUCCUUUUAAAACCUAUUGUCAGGAGGAGGAGCAGCUCUGUUCAGGUGAUCCAUGAACAACAGUGGAACCAGAAAAUCGUUAAGAGUCCAAAUUCCAGUCAACUGUGUUGAAGAAGGAGAGCCAGCCUAACUGAACAUGUCUGGUGUGGAUGAAGAGGAGGACAGACCAGAGUCUGUGGACAGAUGUCAGCAGCUCAGAAACAAAGAAUCUUCAGAAUCCAGCAGCUUGUCUCUGAAGAGUGAUUGGUCCAAAGAGAGUCCUCCAGACUUCAGUGAUGAACGUGGACCUUCAGACACAAAAGAGAAGAAGAGUGAUGUCUGUGAGGAGCAGCCAGAAAGCUCCAGAAGCGUCGCUGCACCAAGUGUUGGUCUGCAGCAGCUUCUAGAAGAACAUAAGAAGAGUCUGAGGAGGAGAUUUGAACGUGUGACUGAAGGAAGUGAUGAAGCAGGAGGAGGAAGCCUCCUCAACAGGAUCUACACUGAGCUCCACAUCACAGAGGGACUCAGUGAGGAGCUUCAGAGGGAACCUGAGUUGAAGCACCUGGAGACAGCUUCCAGGAAGGAGAGCCUCCAUCACACUGCCAUCAGGGUUCAGGACAUCUUUAAAGCCUCAGCCCAGGAGCUCAGACACAUCCGAGUGGUUCUGACCAGCGGCGUGGCCGGCAGUGGAAAAACCUUCUCGGUGCUCAAGUUCAGACUGGACUGGGCCGAGGGCCUGGAGAACCAGGAUGUCAGUGUGCUGGUGGUGCUCUCCUUCAGAGAGCUGAACCUGCUGGGAGAGCGGCCGUACAGUCUCCUCUCGCUGCUGGCUGUUUUCCAUCCCAUGCUCCAGAAGCUGACGGCAGAGGAGCUGGCUGUCUGCAAGCUGCUCUUCAUCUUUGACGGCCUGGAUGAAAGCAGAAUUUCUCUGGACUUCAGCAGCAGUCAGCGGCUGCUUGACGUCUCCCAGCAGUCUUCAGUCAGCCUGCUGCUCACUAACCUCAUCCGGGGGGAUCUGCUGCCCUCGGCUCGGGUCUGGAUCACUUCCCGACCGGCGGCGGCCCAUCAGAUCCCUCCAACAUGUGUGGAUAGACUGACAGAAGUGCGAGGCUUCACUGACGCCCAGAAGGAGGAGUACUUCAGGAGGAGGCUGAGUGAUGAGGAGCUGAGCAGCAGAAUCAUCUCCCACAUCCAGACAUCCAGGAGCCUCCACAUCAUGUGUGGAAUCCCAGUCUUCUGCUGGAUCACUGCUACAGUUCUGGAGCACAUGUUGAGCAGCGAGCAGAGAGGAGAGCUGCCCCAGACCCUGACUGACAUGUACUCCCACUUUGUGCUGGUUCAGACACACAGGAAGAAGCUCAAGUACCAUGAAGGACCUGAGACGGGUCCACAGGAGCUGACGGAGGCUGACAGGGAGCUUCUUCUGAAGCUGGGCAGGAUGGCCUUUGAACAUCUGGAGAAAGGAAACAUGGUGUUCUACCAAGAAGACCUGGAGCAGUGUGGUCUGGAUGUGACUGAGGCCUCGCUGUUCUCUGGAAUCUGUACUCAGAUCUUCAAAAGAGAGUCUGUGAUCUUCCAGAAAGUCGUCUACAGCUUCUUCCAUCUGACUGUUCAGGAGUUUCUGGCUGCAGUCUUCAUGUUCCACUGUUUCACCAACAGGAAGACAGACGUACUGAAGACCUUCAUCGACAAGAGACAUCAUCAUGAUGAUGUUUUCACUUCUCUUGACAUAUUCCUGCAGAAAGUUCUUGAGAAAUCCCUCAGAAGUCAGAAUGGUCACCUCGACCUGUUUGUCCGCUUCCUUCAUGGCCUCUCUCUGAAAUCCAACCAGAGACUCUUAGAAGGUCUCCUGGGUCGAACAGAGAUCAGUCCAGAAACCCUCCAGAGAGUCACCAUGGGUCUGAAGGAGAUGAAUAGUGACAAAAAGUCUCCUGACAGAAGCAUCAACAUCUUCCACUGUCUGAUGGAGAUGAAGGACCUCUCAGUACAUCAGGAGAUCCAAGAGUUCCUGAAGUCAGAGAACAGAUCAGAGAAGAAACUCUCUGAGAUCCACUGCUCAGCUCUGGCCUACAUGCUGCAGAUGUCAGACCAGGUCCUGGAAGAGUUGGACCUGGAGAAGUACAACACAUCAAGGGAGGGACGAAGGAGACUUAUCGCAGCUGUAAGGAACUGCAGGAAGUUUCGACUUUCUGACUGUGGACUCUCUGAUUCUGACUGUGAAGUGAUCUCCUCAGCUCUGAAAUCUGACUCCUCCCAUCUGAAACACCUGGACCUGAGUGACAUCAGGCUGAAUGAUUCAUCAGUGAAGAUCCUGUGUUCUGGACUGGAGAGUCCAAACUGUAAACUGGAGACUCUGAGAUUGAAAGACUGCAAUUUGUCAAAGAUCAGCUGUUCAUCUGUGGCCUCAGCUCUGAAGUCCAACCCCUCCCUCCAGAAACAUCUGAAACAUCUGGACCUGAGUAGGAACCCUCUGCAGGAUUCAGCAGUUGAGCAGCUGUGUGGUUUUCUGGAGAGUCCACUCUGUGGUCUGCAGACUCUGAGGUUGAAGGACUGCAGGUUGUCAGAGAUCAGCUGUUCUUCUGUUAUCUCAGCUCUGAAGUCCAACCCCUCCCUCCUGGAACAUCUGGACCUGAGUGGGAACCAGCUGCAAGAUUCAGCAGUUGAGCAGCUGUGUGGUUUUCUGGAGAGUCCACUCUGUCGUCUGCAGUCUCUGAGGUUGGAGAACUGCAGUUUGUCAGAGAUCAGCUGUUCUUCUCUGGUCUCAGCUCUGAAGUCCAACCCCUCCCAUCUGAAGGAGCUCGACCUGAGUUACAACCAGCUGCAGGAUUCAGCAGUUGAGCAGCUGUGUGGUUUUCUGGAGAGUCCACUCUGCAGUCUGCAGACUCUGAGAUUGAAAGACUGCAUUUUGUCAAAGAUCAGCUGUUCAUCUGUGGCCUCAGCUCUGAAGUCCAACCCCUCCCUCCAGAAACAUCUGAAACAUCUGGACCUGAGUAGGAACCCUCUGCAGGAUUCAGCAGUUGAGCAGCUGUGUGGUUUUCUGGAGAGUCCACUCUGUGGUCUGCAGACUCUGAGCUUGGAGGGCUGCAGGUUGUCAGUGGCCAGCUGUUCUUCUGUGGUCUCCACUCUGAAGUCCAACCCCUCCCUCCUGAAAUACCUGAAACAUCUGGACCUGAGUACGAACCAUCUGCGGGAUACUGAAGUUGAGCAGCUGUGUGGUUUUCUGGAGUGUCCACUCUGUGGUCUGCAGACUCUGAGGUUGAAGGACUGCAGGUUGUCAGAGAUCAGCUGUUCUUCUGUUAUCUCAGCUCUAAAGUCCAACCCCUCCCUCCUGGAACAUCUGGACCUGAGUGGGAACCAGCUGCAAGAUUCAGCAGUUGAGCAGCUGUGUGGUUUUCUGGAGAGUCCACUCUGUCGUCUGCAGUCUCUGAGGUUGAUUGACUGCAGUUUGUCAAAGAUCAGCUGUUCUUCUCUGGCCUCAGCUCUGAAGUCCAACCCCUCCCACUUGAAAGAGCUUGACCUGCGUUUCAACCAACUGUUUAAUUCAGAUGUGAAGCAGCUGGUUGAACUUCAGGAGAGUUCAGACUACAGCCUGCAGACUCUGAGGCGCUGGAACUACUGAGAUCAGAGUCGUGUGUCAUGAAGAUCUACUGAGGGUAGAGCUUCAUGCAACAGUGAGUGACAGAGGAACCACCAGAAGAUCUGCAUUGUGAAGAGCUGAGAGUCCAGCACUGAACCAGGGUUCCUUUGGAUGUGACUCAGAAUCAUCACUGUGUGUGGACUGUGUCUCCUCCUUCAUUAUUUUUAGGGACCAAGCCCAUUACGGCAUGGACCUUAUUGUGAUUGCAGUGUUUGUUUGUUUCUUAUUAUUCUGACACGCAAAUAAACCUCAAUUUGACCUCUUAAACACGCUCCAAAAUUACCAAAUUUGACAUUCAAUUCACAACCAGCAAACUAUUUCAUUUCAUUAAAAAGAAAAAAAAAAAUUAACCUCAUCUCUGCAAGAAAGUACUCCUUAGCACACCACUAAAAUAGCCGCCAUAGCCAAUAGGAAUGGUCGUGUCAAACUUCUUCUAACUAAGAUUUUUCAACACCUUUGGACCUCAAACAAAAAUAAUCUCAUCCAAAGGCGUUUGUCGGUGUUGUUUACUCUUUGUUGGACAAGAACCUACUGACUAACACCACAGAACUACUGGUCUGGAUUUCAUUAGCCAUUAAAGUUUGAGUCACAAAUCCUGUCGUGCACCUUCUCCUCACCCACUUUAAUAAAAAAAAAAGUAAUACACUGGAAAAAAAGGCUUUUUCAAGCACCUCGAACAAGUGGCAAGUGUGGCUGAAUUUAAUGGGCAGAUGAAGCUUCUUGAACUACCGUCUUUAUUUUCUGGAGUCAUGAGAUGGCACUCUUGGUUCUGAGAUAGAGGCUGAAGGACUGGCAAUGAUGUUGUGCUGUCAAACAUUUUUUGAACAGACAGCACUCUCAAGAGGCCUCAGAAAAUAAACACAGUGUUUCAUGAAGCUUUAUGGAACCAUCACUCAUGGCUGAACCAUGGUUCCUUUAGACAAAGUGAGCACGUCAACAAGAUGUAACAGGUUGGAUAAUUUGAUGUAUGGCCAGGUUACAGAGAGAGAGACAAAGUGUGGCCUGUGCCUUGAUUUGAUUUGAAAGCUUGAUUUUGUACACGUAAAAAUAUAAGUCAACAUUCUAAAAAAAGAAAGAAAAACAGACAUCCAGUUCCAUAACACUGGCACCAUAUGCGCCAGUGUUUUUCACAUGAACGAAAAAGAGUAGGAAGAUGAAGACUUAUUUAAUCCUGCCCCUUCACAUCAUUGCUAUUAUCUUAAUGUAGAAAACAAUAAUGUGUAUAAUAUACGAUAUGUAAUAGUUUUUCUUAUAUAGUCUCAUAUUAUUUUGUUUAGUUUUUUAUUUCUUGUAUUUUUUUUCUGCCUCAGUGGAUCUAUGUCCUAUAAAUUCUCUCUAUAUUGUAUUUUUCUUUUUACAAGCUUUUGUUAACUCCUUUGUGAUCCAUCAAUUAUCAUCAUGUUUUCCUUUUCUGUUGUAAUUUUGAUUGGUCAGGGUUUGUCAUAUAGUACCCUAAAUAUUUUCAAAAAGUAUCAUAAGCAUCAUCAAUAAGGUUUUCUUGGAAAACUACUUCAGCUGUAUGAUCGCAGAUCAUUCUUUAGUGUCUCCAGGGACUCUCCUGUUGUGACUCGCCUGUUUUGAAGUUUAUUUUCAAUUUCAGUGUUUCUGUAGUUGUUAUAGAUGGUGAAAACUGGCAGGUGGUCACUGAGAUCAUCUAUUAGUAAUCCCCUCUACAUUAUUUGCUAUAACAUUUGUAAAUAUAUGACCUAUGACUGUUGCAGAGUGAGUAUUGAUCCUGCUGGUCUGGUGAUCUUUGGGAAUAGAUUCAGGAUGUGUAGCGUGAUUAUGAAUUCAUCUGUCUUCUGGUGUUUGUUUGGAUUGAGAAGAUCAAUGAUAGAAUCUCCACAGAUGAAAAUAACAUUCUGAUUUGUUUUUGAGACAUAUUCCUCCAGCCGUUCAU